CAGACACCCAUCGCCACCAUGUACGGAAUGCUGUACGAGAGCGUCCAGCACUACAUUCAGCAGGAGUACGGGAUGGAGACCUGGAGGAAGGUCUGCCAGAUAGUCGACUGCAAGCACCAGAGCUUCAAGACGCACCAGAUCUAUCCGGACAAACUGAUGCCGGACUUUGCAGCGGCCCUGUCGGCGAGUACGGGCGAGUCCUUUGACUUCUGCAUGAACUUCUUUGGGAAGUGCUUCGUUCGGUUCUUCAGUAACUUUGGCUACGACAAGAUGAUCCGCUCCACGGGACGCUAUUUCUGUGAUUUCCUGCAAUCCAUCGACAACAUCCAUGUCCAAAUGCGUUUUACUUAUCCAAAGAUGAAGUCGCCCAGCAUGCAGUUGACCGCAAUGGAUGAUGAUGGAGCGGUGAUUCUCUACCGCAGCGGAAGGACUGGCAUGUCCAAGUAUUUGAUUGGUCAGAUGACGGAGGUGGCCAAGGAGUUUUACGGCCUGGACAUGACUGCCUAUGUCCUGGAGAGCCAGAAUGACAUCUGCGGGGGAACAGCGGGUCCCAUCAAGCUCACCGAGGGUCCUCUGACCGUAAUUGUCAAGUAUCGACUGGACUUUGACAAUCGGGAUUAUAUGGCCAAGCGGGUGAACGUCAUCGCUCAUCCGUCGCAGCUCAAGAUGCCCUCGGUGGACCUGAACGUGUUUCUAGAGCUAUUUCCCUUCACUAUUGUCCUGGAUCACGAUAUGAAAAUCACUCUCGCUGGCGAGAAGAUUGUGGAAACGUGGAUCCUGCACAAUCCCGGCGUAAAUCCCAAGAGCUUCAUUGGCAGUCACAUCAUGGAGCGGUUCAAGUGCCGGCGGCCCAAGGACACGCAGGUCGAAUGGGAGACCAUUCUGCAGAUGCGAACGGUGCUCUUCGAGUUCGAACUCAUCCGUACGGGUCACAACCGAGCCGCCUACGAUGCGGCCCUGAACUUUGACUUCGACACCUUCGACGAGGCUAGCAGUCUGAACGAGGCCCAGGCCAUGGCCUUGGCCAGUGCCAAGGAGUUCAGUGCGGAGCACUCCAAGGAGGAUGCAGCAGCAGCCGCCGCCACCUCCAAGGAUGAAAUCGAUCCGGCCACGGGUCAGAGGAGGCACUCCGUGGGUCUCCGGUCCAUCCUGCUCAAGGGUCAGAUGUUCUACAUCAAGGACGUGGACUCGCUGAUCUUCCUCUGCAGUCCGCUAAUCGAGAACCUGGAUGAGCUGCACGGAAUCGGUCUGUACCUGAACGAUCUCAAUCCACAUGGUCUGAGUCGGGAGCUGGUCAUGGCUGGAUGGCAGCACUGCUCCAAGCUGGAGAUUAUGUUCGAGAAGGAGGAGCAGCGAUCGGAUGAACUGGAAAAAUCCUUGGAACUGGCUGAUUCGUGGAAGCGGCAGGGGGAUGAGCUGCUGUACUCCAUGAUCCCACGUCCCAUUGCCGAGAGAAUGAGAAAGAGCGAGGAGCACGUCUGCCAGAGCUUCGAGGAGGUGUCUGUCAUCUUCAUCGAGGUGCUGAAUGUCUACGACAGCGGGUCCAAUAAUAUACAGGAUGCCAUGCAGGCGGUAACCACCUUGAACAAGGUAUUCUCGGCCCUGGACGAGGAGAUCAUCUCACCGUUUGUGUAUAAAGUGGAGACUGUGGGCAUGGUUUACAUGGCGGUUUCGGGAGCUCCCGAUGUGAAUCCCCUCCACGCGGAGCACGCCUGUGAUUUGGCCCUGCGGGUCAUGAAGAAGGUCAAGGCCCAUGCUUUGCCCGGAGUGGCCAUUCGGGUGGGCAUAAAUUCGGGACCGGUGGUGGCCGGAGUGGUGGGUAUGAAGGUUCCCCGAUACUGCCUGUUCGGGGACACUGUUAACACAGCCUCGCGAAUGGAGAGCAGCAGCGAUCCCUGGAUGAUUCAGCUUUCCAACUAUACUGCCCUCAAGGUGAGAGAGGUGGGAUACAAGGUAGAAGCGCGGGGAUUUGUCAAGGUCAAGGGAAAGGGCGAGAUGGAGACCUACUGGCUAUUGGAGGGACCAGAGUAG